CACGUAUUCAUUUAGAUAUAGAAUCCAAGUCCAUUCUUCACACAUACACUUAUACUACACCGUGAAAAUGGUGACGUAUGAAAGCUAAAGAUUUCGGAUGAAUGAUUUCACGGCCUGUUGAGUGGGGGCGGUCAUCACUAGUGAUGGGAUUCCAAUGUACAAGUAUUAAUACACAAUGUACAAGUCAUACACAUCCCUCAAUAAUUAUUCAACGCGUUAUAUAUAUCACUCGUUAUUUCUAUCACUCGUUACCAACAUAGAGGCGGCAGUGUUAGUGAUACUAUCACUCGUUGUGGGGAGUCCAUAACGGACCGCCCCCUCCCCCCUUAGUACUUAUUUUAUAUUUUUACUAUUUUAUAUUUUUUACUAGCAUUUUGUAUAAAAGUUUAAAACUGUAUAUACUAAACAUAUAAUUACAAGAUUUUUAGUAUGAGCCUAUUAUCAAAUGUGAUAUUUUAGUUUUGGACCAAUUGCGAUUAGUAAGUACUGUAAGGCUGUAAGCUCUUAGUUCAGUUAAAGUUAUUAAAAUUUAUAUAUAUGUAACAAGUUUUAAAAGGUUGCAUGUUAAACACACUCUAGUUUGUGGAUGUAUUUAUGUUAAUUAGAUGUUUAAUUAGUUGGUAAGUUUUGGUUAUUUUUACAACUAGUAUAUUAUUAUUAUUAUUAUUAUUAUUAUUAUUAUUAUUAUUAUUAUAUUUUGUUAAAGAAAGAAAUGACGUUUCCUCGUGAAAUUUAAGUAAUUUAAAAAAAAAUAGUUAAAUGAAAUAAGAAUUCUGUUGAUCUCUAUAUCAAGUGGUGGAGGGCUUGCAUUUCUCUUGAGAGAUGCAGGUUCGACUCCCUUGGUGCAGAGUGAGGCACUGGUAGGCAAUGAUAGGAGACCCAGGGAAACCUGGGUUGUAUCCUUGAGCCAAACGGGUUUUACCGGUAAUUUCACUGUCAUGCCUACGGGCAGGAGGGUUACGGGGUUUUCCCCGGAAUGGUGGUGGACUCGGGUUACUCUCGGAGUACUCUGUUUGUCUAGUGGGUGCCCCAAAAGUGCUCAGGAUUGAAUUUGUUGACCGUUAAAAAAAAAGCAAGUUUUUAUUUAACUUUGUUGCAAGAGCGUGCACACAAAAAUAAAAUGCGUUAUUCCAAAAAAAAAAGGUCAAGUAAAAUAAAAAGCGGUGAAUCGCACCAAAUGACCCGUUUUCUACCAAAAAUCAAAUCGUAUAAAUCUCAAACCGAGUGAUUUAAUUCGGGUCGAUUGAUCAAGCGGUUUCACGGUUAAAGAACACCCAAACCCUGGUCUUCCUAAUAUUACUAAUAAAAUGACGGAAAUUCGAUAUAAAUGCAAGUAAGUUAUUAUGAUGAAACUAGUAAUUUAUUAUUCGAAUUGUAGCCUGCAACUUUCAUCGACUUAUUUGUUGAGAUCGAAACAACUUAUAAUUAAAAUACAAGUAGGCCUCUAUAUUUAUAUAAUAUAUAUAAUUUCUCUAAAAAAUGUUUUAAUUUCAAAGUACAUACCAAAUGCUACCAAACUCCAACUGUUAAUUUUGGGAAACCUACCAGAAUCCAGCUUAUGUCAAAAAUAGAUAACAUUUAUUGAUUUUAUACAUGUAAAUAAAUAAUUUAAUAAGUAUGCCUUUUAAGAUAAAUCUUUAUCUUAAUUAGUAUUAAUUUAUAAAACAAAUUAUUUUUUGAAAGCUGUAUUUUUCUCACCUUAACUAAUGGAUGGAUUGGUUCCAUAUGCCAAUGCCUCAAAUUUGUUUUGUGAAGAUUCUAUUUUGGCUUUUCUAUUUUCAUGUUUGACUUGGUUUUUGACAUAUGGAGCGGCAAUUUUUAUACUUAUAUGUCUUUCAUCAUCAUAUAAGUAAUUUAUUAAAAAUCGUAUUAUAAAGAAUCAUGAAGGGUAUUUUGCGGUUUUUAAAAUUUGUGAAGCUAUUAUCGGGUUGUUAAAACUAAUGGAGUGGUGGUUUAUUGGCAAAAACAAAACCUUUAAAAACACCUAGAUUAAGAAAGGAAAGGUAUUGAAUUUAAGUCUCAUAGACAACACAACAGGAGAUUAAAGAAAUUAGUCAAACAUGCUCUAUAAAAAUAUAUCAAAUUAUACAUUAUUGUAUGUUACUACCACACACACUCAAUAAAUGAUAUGUUAAAUAUUUUAUAUUUUUUUUCUGAGAGGUAUAUAAGUUUUUUUAUCAUUCAUUUCAAGAAUUAUACCUUUCUUUCCGUCUGAGUAAUUUUUUUAUCUUUUUUUUGACAUUUUCGAAAAAAAUAAAAUAUUAUCUCGUUUUUUGAAAAAAAAAAUGUUUCCUUUUUUAUGAUAAAAGGGCCUUAGUUUGACAAAAAUAAAGACAUAUCUUGGAUAAAAAAAUGUUAAGUAAAUCAACUGAAAAUUACAAAAUAACAGUUUGACAAAAAUAAAGACAUAUCUUGGAUAAAAAAUGUUAAGUAAUUCAACUGAAAAUUACAAAGUAACUUUUUGUUACAUUUAUUAUAUUAUAUAUUAUCCUGUAAUUGUAAUGUUAUAUAUCUCUCUAUUAAAAGAAUCCUUUAAUUAUCCAACAAAACUAUUUCAUUUAUUUCAGACAACAAAUAUCUAUAUUAAAUCUUUAGAUAGAUUGAUACCAUUUAUAGUAGUUAUAAUAUAUUUGUCAUUAAAUUGUAUAAUUAUUAUUUUUUCCGGAUUAAAUAAAUAAUGUGAAACUCAAAUGGUUUUGGAUUUAAGUGGGUAACUAACUGGGUAUCAUCAAUAAAAGAAUCCUAGUCAAAGACAUUGUAAACGGGCCGGGUCGGGUCGUGGAAAUCAAUAACCCGGCCGUCCUCCCACUAACCUCAACACCACUACAUUAUAAAUUGUGUAAUUGCACAAAGCCAUAAGUCAAAUGCAACAUAUUGAUCAUAAACAAAUUACGAUCUUCAAAAACAAAAACAACAAACCGAACAAGUAUUAUGGAUACAAUAAGUGAAAGAUCCGAGAAAUCAUCAUACGUAGAACCCUCGGCCGUUAUGGAUCCUAUCCAAAAACAACACUCGUAUAAGAAAUUAGAGCUGAUUUCAGAGAUGACGUUUGUGAGCAACGGUUGUGUUGAUUUUAGAGGGAGGGUUGCCGAUAAGCGAAAAACCGGUGGAUGGAGAGCUUCUCCUUUCAUUAUCGUGAACGAGGUGGCCGAGAGGCUAGCCUUCUUCGCUGUUGCUGUGAGUAUGGUGCUGUAUUUAGUAACGGAAAUGCACCAAUCGCUCCCAAACGCGGCCACACACGUAACCGACUGGAUCGGGGCUGCGUACGUGCUCACACUCGUUGGCGCAUUCAUAGCCGACGCGUAUUUGGGCCGAUUCUUAACCAUCAUCGUCUUCUCCUUCAUCUACUUUGCCGGGAUGGUCAUGCUCACACUCUCCGCAAAACUCGACCGACUCCGUCCGCCACUCUGCCUAAAAAGACCAUGCCCUCCCGCAUCCGAUGGCCAGACCGCGUUCCUCUACACCGCGCUUGGGCUCAUUGCCAUUGGGACCGGGGGGAUCAAGCCUUGUGUUUCAUCGUUUGGGGCGGAUCAGUUUGAUGAAGAAGAUGAACGGGAAGUUGUGAAGAAGUAUGCGUUUUUUAAUUGGUUUUUCUUCGCGAUUAAUAUGGGUGCAUUGCUUGGAAUUACGCUUAUGGUUUACGUGCAACAAGAGAAAGGGUUUGCAUGGGGUUUUGGUAUCCCUACCAUAACCAUGUUUGUUUCGAUUGUGAUUUUAGCUGCUGGGUUCUGGAAUUACCGGUAUAAGAAACCGAUGGGGAGCGCGUUCACAAGGUUUGUUCAGGUGAUGGUGGUUGCCACCAAGAAUCACCUCCAGGGACACCGCGUCGUCUCCGACGACCAACUUUACGAGGUUCCCACACGCGAAUCCGACAUCUUCGGUGCAAGAAAACUCACUCACACUCCACAAUACCGGUUCCUAGACAAAGCAGCCAUAAUCAAACCUCAAGACUCAACAACAACGAUACGAAACCGAUGGAAACAAUGCACCGUAACACAAGUUGAAGAAUUGAAAUGCUUCAUUAGGGUUUUACCCAUUUGGGCAACCACCAUUGCCCUCUCCAUCUCCUUCGCACAACUCUCCACCUUCUUCAUCAGCCAAGCCACAAUCAUGGACCGCAAACUCGGCCCACACUUCGUCAUCCCAUCGGGCUCCAUCCCCGUCUUUUCAGCCAUUAACGCGCUCAUCCUCGUACCCAUUUACGAAAAACUCAUUGUCCCCUUUCUCCGUAGCAAAACUGGACACAAACGUGGGAUCACUUCGUUGCAACGCAUGGGGGUCGGUCUUUUCAUCUCCGUGUUUGCUAUGGCAUCCGCCGCGGUGGUGGAACACAAACGACGGACGCAUGCGAACCCGAAAACCCUAAGUGUGUUUUGGUUGUUUCCUCAGUUUUUUCUCAUAGGAAGUGCUGAGGUUUUCACAUAUGUGGGACAACUCGAGUUCUUUUACGAUGAAGCGACCGACGGUACAAGGAGUCUCAGCAGCGCGAUGUUUUUGAGCGAAAUCGGGAUUGGAAGCUGGCUGAGUACCGCGAUUGUGAAGAUAAUCGAGAAGGCGACCGGAGAGGAGGAGAAAGGGUGGUUGAGGAAUGAUUUGAAUGCUAGUAAGUUGGAUUACUUUUACUGGAUAUUGAUGGCGAUCAAUGUGGUUAAUUUGGUGGCUUAUUUGUGUGUUGCUCGACGGUAUAAAGGUAGAGAUGGAGCAAGUGCUACAGGAAGUGUUAGAGAUGAGUCAAUGGUGAAUGGUCAAAGUUAAGUUUGUGAUAAUAUAUAGAAUUUAAUUUGUAUUGUUUUCCCACAAAUUUGUUAUGUGUUGGUUGUGUUUAAUAGUUUGUGAAGUCCAUAACUUUAAUUUGACCUUUGUUUGUUUCUAA